GGCAAUUCAUUCAGGACAUGAUGAUGAUCCCCUCAGAUCUCUUGAGAAAUCAGAGCAGUUGGCAACUCGAUUUCCAUUAACUGCAGCUGGAAUGACCGAGGUAGGAAAACAUCAGUGCACAGAAGUCUUUGCAGAAAAAAGGAGGAAAGGAGGAAGGGCAAAGGCACAGAUUUCCAAUGACUCAUCCAAAUAUCUGCAGCUCUCCAGAAAACUGGGUUUUGCUAUAAUCAUAUGCAGCAUGGGUAAUAUGCAUUUCCAAAAAGAGCAAGACUGCAAAGUGACAAUGGAGGACGUCAUGUGGCCUGACGUUCAAAGCUGUAAGCUGCUUAGACCAGCACAGUCUCAGCGACACAACUUUAAAGAGAAAGCUUGCUAA